AUGCUCGUCCUUUCCGCCUCCCCAAAUCCCGCGCUCGCUUACGUGGCGGCGCCCCCGCGCACGCUUUCCCAGGAUGAAAUUGCGACCGUCCGAUUGUUCAAGGAGACGACACCGUCCGUCGUGAACAUCACGAACCUCGGCGUGGGUCGCGACGCGCUGACGCUCGACGUGCUGGCGGUGCCGCAAGGGUCGGGGAGCGGGUUUGUCUGGGACGAGGUGGGGCACAUCGUUACCAACUACCACGUGAUCGCCAAUGCCGCUGAUGUCAGAGUCACGCUCUCAGACUCCUCGGUGCAUGCAGCGGUGGUGGUGGGAUGCGACGAGGACAAGGACGUGGCAGUGCUGCUAAUCGAUGCCCCUCAGGAGUCCCUGCACCCGGUCACCAUCGGAUCAUCUUCGGAUCUCAUGGUUGGGCAACGGGUCUUCGCCAUCGGUAACCCUUUUGGGCUCGACCACACUCUGACAUCAGGCGUCAUCAGUGGUUUGAGGAGAGAGAUCCAGUCAGCAGCAACAGGGCGGCCAAUACAGGGCGUGAUACAAACGGAUGCUGCUAUAAACCCGGGCAACAGCGGUGGGCCUCUUUUGGACUCUAGUGGCAGCCUGAUCGGCAUCAACACGGCUAUCUAUUCACCCUCUGGUGCUUCUUCCGGUGUUGGAUUCGCCAUUCCUGCCGACAGUAUCAGCGGCAUCGUGGAGCAGAUAAUAGAGAAUGGGAGGGUGGUGCGGCCUGUGCUGGGCAUAUCCUUUGCUCCCGAGGAGGCAGUGGAGAAGCUGGGCGUCGAUGGGGUGCUCGUGCUCGACGCCCCGCCCUCGGGGCCCGCAGGCAAAGCCAACGUGCUCAGCCGCAUCUGUGAUCAUGUUCUAGGUUGUGGAUUCGCGCGUCCGCCGGCGAGCGUUCGCGCCGGGCUUCAGAAGAUAGAGAAGAAUGACGUGUUCAUGGGAGUGUACCAGGGGUCGCUCUAUGCUGAGCUGGAUCACGUAGACGGCGCCGACAAGAUGUCCGACGGCUAUGCCUACAUGGCCAUCUACAAGAAGGGCAACGAUUACAACAUUCGAUUCGGCGCGGAGGCCGAAUCCAAGGAGCCUGGGGAGCCCACCGCGUUCACAGUCAACAGCGCGGCCGACAAUAGCCUGGUUAUCGACCUGGGCGCGGGUCAGACGUACAAGAACACCACGUACGAGCUCCGCGUGUUCAAGUUCCUGCAGAAGUUCGUUCCGUACUCGUACAGGUUCAAGGGCAAGUGGACCCCGGCCAGCGCUGUUACCGUCGCCGCUGGCCCGCUUAAGGAUACCGUUGACGCCAUGAUUCAGAACCCUAAGAACUACUACGCGAUUUUCAACACCGCGACGAACCCUGCUGGUUGCGCCAAGGGCGAGUUUGAUUUCAUCCAGCCGUGGUGGAAGCGCCUGUAA